UCCACGGAUUCUCGGAGUUCGUUGUGUAGUGCUGAGCGAUUGCGAGCGCAGUGAUUGUGUUUAGCAAAAACCGAUAUACAUUCCUGUCCGCUGUUUGCAGCCGGCCUCGGUUUUUUUUCUUGUUGCUCGCUUUUGGAAGUGGUAGACAUUUUCAAGUGUACAUUUACAAACCGUUCACGAUCAGCAUCCAGUGCCUUGCUUUGUUGUGAAGAUAUUAAGAAAAAUGUGUGUGUGCGUGCGAGUUAUAUUAUUAAUACAUCGGGAAAGUAAUUAAUAUUGUGUCAUGACCACUUCACACGCAUAUACUAUAAAUAUCAAAACUGAGUGUGCUGCCUGCUCUAGUGUAAAAACGUGGAAUCAUGUAAGCUGUAAUUCGACUACCCGCAUGUGAUUCAAAAUUUGAAUGAUCGGCUCUUAUGGAGAAUGGAUUGAACCUGAAGUUUGUUCUGGAGACCUCUAUCAGCUGGCCUUAAGCAAAACUGACACAUUAGGAACUAAGGCCCGUCGGUCACCUCAGCGAAGAUCUCGGUCGGUCUCGUCGGACGACCGCGAGCGAAUUCGGGUCGACUUCGGUUCACCUAAGCCCGAAUGCGAAGUGGUCGCCGGCGCACGCCAUGCACGUGGCUGGCUUGUAGCAGCCUUUGUUGGUGUAGCCGAAGGUCAGGCAGUGCCCGCAUUGCGCUACGAAUUGACGCGUCCGCGGCUCUUCGAAAGAAACUGCGUGAAAGCACAGAGACCUCAGUGCCUUAAGAGCUCCAAUGUCUUUGUGAUUGAUUUCGAUGAAAUAAAGGCCUAG